CGAAUCGUUCACUCACGGAGCCAACACUACUCUCAGUACAUCCGUAGCCUCUGCUGCCUACGGAGGUCUCAACAAAGCCGCUGUCUGAGUUACUGGAAAUAUGCCCCUGAAAAAUUCACACUUUCAACUAACAUCGUUUGCAUAGAUUCUCAAAACCAGCUUGUCGGCUCCCUGACUGCGGACGGGCCAUCAUGUUGUCGCGGCUGAGGAGUAGCGUUUCCUUGAGGCCUGCCUUCGUGCCUGCCUGCAGAUGGGCGCACACCAAAGAGAAGGGCAAACCGUUAAUGCUCAACCCCCGCACCAAUAAAGGAAUGGCCUUUUCUUUACAGGAGCGACAGAUCUUGGGCUUACACGGCCUGCUGCCUCCUAAAGUAGAAACGCAAGACCUCCAGGCCAUGCGCUUCCAGAAGAAUCUCAAGAAAAUGACUGAUCCCCUUGAAAAGUACAUUUAUCUGAUGGGCAUCCAGGAGCGAAACGAGAGGCUCUUCUACCGAGUGCUGAUGGAAGACAUUGAGGAGCUGAUGCCCAUCGUCUACACCCCCACCGUCGGACUGGCCUGCACGCAGUAUGGACACAUCUUUAGACGACCCAAGGGCUUGUUCAUUUCCAUUCUGGAUAAAGGACACAUCCGCUCCAUCUUGGACAACUGGCCAGAGACCAAUGUGGCCGCAGUCGUGGUGACUGACGGCGAGCGUAUUUUGGGGCUGGGGGACCUGGGCGUUUAUGGCAUGGGAAUCCCCGUUGGCAAACUCUGCCUGUACACCGCGUGCGCCGGCAUCAGACCUGAGAGGUGCCUGCCCGUCACCAUUGACGUCGGCACAAACAACGAGACUCUCCUCAAGGAUCCGCUCUACAUGGGCUUGUACCAGAGGAGAGACCGCUCUCAGGCUUACGACGACCUCAUCGACGAGUUCAUGGAGGCCGUGGUGGACAAAUAUGGGCAGGACACGCUGAUUCAGUUUGAGGAUUUUGGGAACCACAAUGCUUUUCGCUUCCUCAGGAAGUACAGGGAGAAAUACUGCACCUUCAAUGAUGACAUCCAAGGCACAGCAGCAGUGGCGCUUGCUGGUCUGCUUGCAGCUCAGAGAGCCACUGGGAAGCCCAUCACAGACCACAGAGUGCUUUUUCUCGGAGCCGGAGAGGCUGCUCUCGGCAUCGCAAACUUGAUUGUCAUGGCCAUGAUGGAGUCAGGCAUGUCGCAGGCGGAAGCCAGGGAGAAGAUCUGGAUGUUCGACAAAGACGGCUUACUCGUUAAGGGACGGCUGCAGGCAACGGACAUCAACCAGGAAGCAUUUGUUCACGACUGUCCGGGGAACGUUCACAGCUUUUUGGAUGCUGUCAACACCAUCAGACCAACAGCUAUCAUUGGCGUAGCGGGAGCCGGUCGACUGUUCAGCCACGAUGUCAUCAAGGCCAUGGGCGCCCUGAACGAGCGUCCCAUCAUCUUCGCCUUGAGCAACCCCACCGUCAAAGCAGAAUGCACCGCCGAGGACGCCUACGCGCUUACAGAUGGUAGAUGUCUUUUUGCCAGCGGUAGUCCAUUUGGACCUGUGACGCUGAGUGAUGGACGAGUCCUUACUCCAGGACAAGGCAACAACGCUUACAUCUUUCCGGGUGUGGCUCUGGCUGUCAUCCUGAGCGGCGUUCGCCACAUCAGUGACACAGUGUUCUUGGAGGCUGCCAAGACUCUGGCAGAUCAGCUGAGCGACAAAGAGCUGGAAGAAGGCCGACUGUACCCACCUCUGUCCAACAUCCGAGAAGUUUCUCUCCAGAUGGCUGUCAAGGUGGUGGAGUACGUGUACGCCAAAGGCAUGGCGUUUCGCUACCCGGAGCCUGUGGACAAGAAUGCCCUUGUGCACGCCACUGCGUGGAACACAAACUACGACUCCUUCCUACCUGACACCUACGACUGGCCUGGGGUCAGCUUCAGCCCCCAGUCUAAGAACUAGAAGUACACUCACCCCUCCUAACCUUCAUUCAUUAGGAAUCACGUCGCAAAGGACAAGUGAACAUGUAUUGUGUUACAUUACAGCUGCCAUGUGACAGUAUGGGCAUUUUACUUCCCUCUAGUGGUGUAAAAGGGCAGCACAAAAACACAGUUCACAAGAUGAACUGGCAUUCAUGCACACACAUCUUUAGCAGAUUAGUCAUUUUUAAAAUUUAACUCACCACACAAAAUGAGAAAAAAAAAAUAUCUCAAAAUGCCUGAGAUGACCAACACAACGAUUUGUGAUUGUAAAUGUUAACAUACAGGAAACACAUAUUUAUGACAGCACUGAAAUAUAUUGUGCACGUGAAAUCAUGUCAAACAAGUGAAAUUAAUUCACUCCAAGAAGGAAAAAGUCAUUUAUGUACCAUGCAGCUCAAGCAAACACCAUGUGUCUCACUCCUUUGUUUCUGUUCUUUGAUUCUCUUUGCAGUUGUAUGUUGUUUAGAGCACUCCUUUGAUUUACCAUAAUUUCUUUAACCACUGACUAAUAAUAUUAAACUUAAACAUGGGAAACGUUAGCUUAAAAAGAAACCGUAGGUCAGUUUUGCCUGCUUCAGUCCUUUUUUUUGUUUGCACAAUGCAAGGUUGUUGUCUUUAAUGUUUUUGUGUGUGUUAUGUUACGGCCCUCCCAGCAAACUUGACAAAAAAAAAAACGAUAAGUCUUCUUUAAAAGUACACAAGCAUUUACUUACUGAUCUUGCUGGGAGUGGUCUUGAAAUGCACUGUUUCCUCUCAUUUACACUCUUGAAAAAAGUCUCAUUGUUUUGAACCUGUUUCAGCAUGUUAGCUUUAUAUAUUAUCUGUACUUGGUAGAUUUUACAACGCAGUCAUUUUUGCAAAAUCGAUACAGUGAAUUAUGACCUGUUUUGUCGGUCUAUUUUUCUAAUUUCCUGUAGUACGUUUUCAGAUGUUUUGUAUCCAAAAAGCUUUAUUUAUUUGUUCAUGUUGUUGCACAAUUUAGUCACUAUGAUCUGGCUCACACACUGGAUGGAUACAGAUGCAUAAAAAUAAGUGAAUAACUAAUAUAUUUAUAUUUACUAAUAUAUAAUAUAAAUAAAUUUAAUAACUUGAUGUUUGGGACAUUGUCAAAUUAAAGGACAUCUUUCAA